AUGGGCGGUACCUACUCGGAGUACCUGAGCCCCAGCAAGGUCCUGGAGCACUACAAAUACACAAAGGAGACGCCGGACACGCAGGAGAUCCCGUCCCGCCAGGCGGCCCCCACCGUCAUCAUCCUCCUCUGCUGCGCCAUCAUCGCAGUGCCUCGUACCAGCAAGUUCCGCUCAGCCAUGCACCUGUUCCUGGGUAACCUGGCCGCCUCCCAGCUCCUGGCAGGUGUGGCCUUCCUCGCCAACACCUUGCUGUCCAGCCCGGUCACGCUGGGGCUGACGCGCGUGCAGUGGUUCUCCUGCGAGGGCUUGGCCUUCGUCACGCUCUCCGCCUCCGUCUUCAGCCUCCUGGCCAUCGCCAUCGAGCGGCACGUGGCCAUUGCCAAGGUCAAGCUGUACGGCAGCAACAAGAGCUGCCGCCUGCUACUGCUCAUCGCGGCCUCCUGGCUCAUCUCGCUGGCCCUGGGCGGCCUGCCCAUCCUCGGCUGGAACUGCCUGGGCCACCAGGGCUCCUGCUCCACCGUCCUGCCGCUCUACGCCGAACACUACGUGCUCUGCGUGGUCACCAUCUUCUCCGUCAGCCUGUUGGCCAUCGUGGUCCUGUCCAUCCGCAUCUACUGCGUUGUCCGCUCGAGCCACGCCUACAUGGCUGCCCCGCAGACGCUGGCCCUGCUCAAGACGGUCACCAUCGUGCUGGGCGUCUUCACUGCCUGCUGGCUUCGCGCCCUUAGCAUCCUCCUCCGGGACUAUGCCUGCACCGGCCGCUCCUGUCCUGUCCUCUACAAAGCCCACUACUUCUUCACCUUCGCCACCCUCAACUCGCUGCUCAACCCCGUCAUCUACACGUGGCACAGCCGGGACCUGCAGCAGGAGGUGCUGUGGCCCCUCAAGUGCUGGCGGGGGGCGGCGGGGGUGCAGGGACGUCGGGAUGGGACGCCGGGCCACCGCCUCUUGGCCCUGCGCAGCUCCAGCUCCCUGGAGAGGGGCACCCACAUGCCCUCAUUGCCCACUUUUUUGGAAGGCAACACGGGAGUCUGA